AUGGAGCUGUCCCCCCGCAGCCCUCCCGAGAUGCUAGAGUCGGACUGCCCUUCACCCCUGGAGCUGAAGUCAGCCCCCAGCAAGAAGAUGUGGAUUAAGCUCCGGUCUCUGCUUCGCUACAUGGUGAAGCAGUUGGAGAACGGGGAGGUAAACAUUGAGGAGCUGAAGAAAAACCUGGAGUACACAGCGUCUCUGCUGGAGGCCGUCUACAUAGAUGAGACUCGGCAAAUCCUGGACACGGAGGAUGAGCUGCAGGAGCUGCGGUCUGACGCGGUGCCUUCGGAGGUGCGGGACUGGCUGGCCUCCACCUUCACCCAGCAGACCCGGGCCAAAGGCCGCCGAGCGGAAGAGAAACCCAAGUUCCGGAGCAUCGUGCACGCAGUGCAGGCGGGCAUCUUCGUGGAGCGGAUGUUCCGGAGAACAUACACCUCUGUGGGCCCCACCUACUCCACUGCGGUCCUCAACUGUCUCAAGAACGUGGACCUUUGGUGCUUUGAUGUCUUUUCUUUGAACCGGGCAGCAGACGACCACGCCCUGAGGACCAUCGUUUUUGAGCUGCUGACUCGGCACAACCUCAUCAGCCGCUUUAAGAUUCCCACUGUGUUUUUGAUGACUUUCCUGGAUGCCUUGGAGACAGGCUAUGGGAAGUACAAGAACCCUUACCACAACCAGAUCCACGCAGCUGACGUCACCCAGACGGUCCACUGCUUCUUGCUCCGCACAGGGAUGGCGCACUGCCUGUCGGAGAUUGAGGUCCUGGCCAUCAUCUUUGCUGCAGCCAUCCACGACUAUGAGCACACUGGCACCACCAACAGCUUCCAUAUCCAGACCAAGUCGGAAUGUGCCAUCCUGUACAACGACCGCUCAGUGCUGGAGAAUCACCACAUCAGCUCGGUUUUCCGAAUGAUGCAGGACGACGAGAUGAACAUCUUCAUCAACCUCACCAAGGAUGAGUUUGUAGAGCUGCGGGCUCUGGUCAUCGAGAUGGUGUUGGCCACAGACAUGUCCUGCCAUUUCCAGCAAGUGAAGUCCAUGAAGACAGCCUUGCAGCAGCUGGAGAGGAUUGACAAAUCCAAGGCCCUGUCUCUGCUGCUUCAUGCUGCUGACAUCAGCCACCCCACCAAGCAGUGGUCGGUUCACAGCCGCUGGACGAAGGCCCUCAUGGAGGAAUUCUUCCGCCAGGGUGACAAGGAGGCAGAGCUGGGCCUGCCCUUUUCUCCGCUCUGUGACCGCACUUCCACCCUGGUGGCGCAGUCCCAGAUUGGCUUCAUCGACUUCAUUGUGGAGCCCACGUUCUCUGUGCUCACCGAUGUGGCUGAGAAGAGUGUCCAGCCCACCGGGGACGACGAAUCCAAGUCUAAAAACCAGCCCAGCUUCCAGUGGCGCCAGCCUUCUCUGGAUGUAGAAGUGGGAGACCCUAACCCUGACGUGGUCAGCUUCCGCUCCACCUGGACCAAAUACAUUCAGGAGAACAAGCAGAAAUGGAAGGAACGGGCGGCAAGCGGCAUCACCAACCAGAUGUCCAUUGACGAGCUGUCCCCCUGUGAGGAAGAGGCCCCCGCCUCCCCUGCUGAGGAUGAGCACAGCCAGAACGGGAAUCUGGACUAG